AUGGCAAAACAGAAGGUGGACAUUGAGAACCGGGGGUUUCAAAUAAGGUGGGAGUGGGAGUACAUGUUCACGGAGGUGGCUGGGAGACCUGUGUGUCUUCUGUGUGGAUAAAGUGUGGCGGUAAUGAAAGAGCAUAAUCUGAGACGGCAUCAUGACACGAAACACGCGGACAAAAACAAGAAUAUGGACAUGGAACAAAGGCUACAGAAGGUGGAAGACUUAAAACGAGGUCUCAAUUCUCGCCAGGCUCUAUUCAGAAAAGCCAAUUCACAAAGCGAGGCUGCUGUCAAGGCUAGUUUUAUUGUGGCCGAAGAGAUCGCUAAAACAGCCCGGCCAUUUACAGAGGGGGAUUUUAUCAAAAACUGCAUGCUUAAAGUUUGUGACUCAGUUUGCCCAGACAAAAGGCAACUCUUUUUGAACGUGAGCCUGAGCAGAAACACCGUUGCUGAGCGUGUUGACCAGCUGUCAAUCAAUCUAAAAGAGCAGCUUGUGAAAAGGGGAAAAGAUUUCAUCGCAUAUUCCCUGGCUGUGGAUGAGAGCACGGACACCUCUGACAUUGCCCAGUUGUCAAUUUUCAUCCACAGAGUGGACUCCAGCAUGAGCGUGACAGAGGAGUUUUUGGCCUUGUGUCCUAUGCAUGGCACAACUACAGGACAUGAUUUGUACGAAGAAGUGUCAAGAUGUGUAAAUGAGAUGGAGCUGCCUUGGGACAAACUCGUGGGGUUGACUACAGACGGAGCACCUGCGAUGUGUGGACACAGGAGCGGACUGGUUGCGAGGAUACGGGAGAAGAUGCAGGAGGAGAACAUCACAGGUGAGCUGACAGCUUAUCAUUGUAUAAUACACCAGGAGUCAUUGUGUGGUAAAGCCUUGAAAAUGGAACAUGUAAUGAGCACCAUCACGCGUGCAGUUAACUUUAUCAGAGCUAAAGGUUUAAAUCACCGCCAGUUCAAAGCAUUUCUGAGCGAGUUAGAAACUGAGCAUGGUUUUAAAACCAAACUGACUCUGUGGGAGGCACAGAUGCGGAAAGAAAACUUGAGCCACUUUCCUAGCUGCCAGACCAUGAAAGAGAAGCUCUCUACCAGCGUGUUCCCGAGCGCACAGUUUGUUGAUAAAAUUGGUGUACUAACCUCUGACUUCCGACGCCGAUUUGCUGACUUUGAAGUACAAAAAAACAGGUUUUUACUGCUCAGUAAUCCAUUUGCAGUUGACGUGGAAAGCUCACCACCAAACCUCCAAAUGGAGCUGAUCGAGCUCCAAUGCAGUGACGAACUAAAGGCAAAAUAUACGGCAGUAGGUGCUGCGGAGUUUGUCCGUUUCAUCCCCAAAACAAUGGCCCAGUUGCGCAUCCAAGCUGCUCAAACGCUCUCUAUGUUUGGCAGCACGUACCUAUGUGAACAGCUGUUUUCUUUGAUGAAGCUUAACAAAACAUCACACAGAAGUCGACUUACUGCUGAACACCUUCACGCAAUCCUGAGAAUUUCCUCAGCUCAGAGCCUGACCCCGAACAUUGAUGAACUUUUACAAAAGAUGAGACACCACCAAGUAUCAGCCUCAAACAAGUGA